UGGAUACGAUAUGGCGGCGAUAAAUGUCGACAAGACAUGCCCCUUGUUGCCACCGAUUUCUCCGCAGGAUCGUCAGAAAACAUCUCUUUUGACCGAUUGUGACGUUAAUAAAAUAUUGGAACGCAAAUUUGGUAGUGAUAAUUCUCGACUUGUCGAUUGGAAGUUGGAGCCCCUCAACAAAACGGAAGGUUUCCUCGGCCAAUAUCAUCAUCUUCUUAUUAAGGCGCGAAUCGAUGGCAAGACGCAAAGUUUGCAGUUCUUUGCCAAAACUCCACCGCCGACUCAUAGCCCGCAGUUUGAAUUUCUGCAACGGUUUGACACGUUCAACAAAGAGAUCACCUUUUAUACAGAUUUGGUGCAACGUAUGGGUGCGAGCGGAUCUCCAAAGUGGAUGGUAGAGUGUUACUUUUGGAAACGAAACGUCAUCAUCGUUCUAGAGGAUGCGUCGAUAGAUGGUUACGCUACGCUGAACAAAUACGUACCGUUCAACAAAGAACAUUGCGUUUGGAUACUGAGAACUCUUUCAAGGCUUCACUCGAGGUCUCUGCUAUUGGACGAGAGACUUUGUCGGGAAAGCGGCCAGGCCAUCUUCGAUCUAUACGGACGACUUCUGAACGACAUACUCUUUGUCGAUGGGGACGAUCGAUCGGAAAGGGCCCUUAUGUCCGGUCUCACGGGCAUCUAUACUAUAAUUGAUCUUAUUGAAGAAUUCGAUGAUAAAGAGAAGAUCGUUAUUAAGCGCCAAAUUACUGAAUGGGUUCAAAAAAUUUCACAAUUAUUGGCACCAUCGAAGAAACAUAGAAAUGUCAUUUGUCAUCGCGACAUUUGGGCAACCAAUAUAAUGUUCCGACACGACCUGGCAGGCAAUAUAAACGGCUGUUAUCUAAUAGAUUGGCAAUUUUUUUGUUACUGUCCUCCGGCUAUCGAUUUUAUGUGCUGCCUGUAUCUAACCACCGAUCGAAGUACCAGAGAUCGUCAUUUCGAUUUCUUCGCUAAAGUUUAUUACGAUUCAUUGGGUCGAAGUUUAGCGGAAGAAGGUCUCGAUGUGGAGAAUUAUCUCUCCUGGACAGCAUUCGAGAAGAGUUACACAGAGGCACGAGACAUAGCACUUGUUUAUGCUGCGCUCAAUUUGCAAGUGAUGUUACUAUCCAAUGAAAUAACCAUAAAUUAUUUCCGUAAUUCGACCGAAAAACUUGAAGAAAUUUUAUACGGGGAUGGACGAGCGGAACUCGUGCGCCAUCAGUGCGAGAAGGAACCGGCUUAUAAGAUACGUACAUUUGAGAUUAUACACGAAAUUAAAGAUCGUCUGUCGGAACACCCGCCGAAUCUGUAA